GCCGCUAACCCGCCGCGACGAGGCCCGUGGCCCGCUCUCGUGGAAGCGCCGCAAACCAGCGCGCACAGCGCGCUGCGGUAAAUCAAUGGGGCGACGGCAUUGCCGGGGCUUUUGCGUGUGUAUGUGUAUGGGCGUGGUGGUUAUAGUGCGCAGCCGCCUUCAGGGCAUCCUGGGUCGAGAAAUACGAGCCGGAAAAAAUCUUGCCCGAGGAAAUUCGCAGAGUGAAAAAGCAUGGAAAGGAGGCCCAUUGCCUGCGUUGGUCUUCCAGCAAGCUAGCGGGCGGGGCAUUUCGAGAAGCCGCGCCCGCGUUGCCCUCAGGGAAUCCGCUCUGGGGAGGCGCGCACGGGAGGCAGCCACGGCAGGCGCCGGGUUGGGAGGCAGGUGGAGACUAGAAGGGCCCCCGGCGCAACUUUGCGCGUUUGCCCGGGCGAAAGCAUACGAUGGAGGGUUGAGCCCGCCUUGG